UCCACCACUCAUUCUUUUCCACCACCCGUUCGUCUCAGCCUGAGCUGGGUCACCACAGAAACCAAGCUCUUCCCUCCAUCCACAUAACGAUGCUCACUUCUUCCCACAAACUCCUAUGGCCACCGCUUCCCCUUCCUCCUCUACUCCACCUUAAUCUCAUCACUUUCUUCUUGUUGCCCUCUACUCAUCAUCCCUCUCUUCUGCUUCUGCCACUCCAUGUCUCAAUCUUCUCCCUUCUUCUCCAUUGCCCGAGCACACGCUGGAGCAGGAGGGCGAGCUGCGGCAGCCGCUCUCCUGCUCCGUCACCCUGUUGCUCAGCUGCCACCCAGCAUUCACGGUCUGAGGUAUUUCCCUUUGGCUACAGUGACACCUGCCAAGACACUGAGAUCGCACUUGAGCCUCCCGCGGGCCACGCUAUCCUCCCUCGCUGAUGCUGAUGAUGGCCCCAGUGCGAAAGCUGAUGGCGCAGAGGCUGAGGAGCAGAACGGGGAGUGCGAGAUGUCAGAGAUGGCGAAGGCGUUCCAUAUUUCUCCACGGAUGGCCAUGUCAAUUUCUGUGUUGAUUGCAUUUGCAGCCCUCACCGUGCCGCUGGCGAUGCGCUCACUGGUCAGUCAUGGGACCUUCAAAAUGAGUGCAUUGGCAUACCUGACACUGCUGUCAGGGUUCUACAUGGCAUGGAAUAUUGGAGCAAAUGAUGUGGCAAAUGCCAUGGGGACGUCAGUAGGGUCUGGGGCUUUGACACUCCGGCAGGCAGUACUGAUUGCGGCGGUGCUAGAGUUCUCUGGUGCAUUCCUUAUGGGCACCCAUGUCACGAGCACCAUGCAGAAGGGCAUCCUAGUCGCGUCUGUCUUCCAAGGAAAGGACUCUCUGCUCUUCGCUGGAUUGUUGGCUUCCCUCGCCGCUGCUGGCACAUGGCUGCAGGUUGCUUCGUCAUAUGGUUGGCCUGUCUCAACUACGCAUUGUAUUGUUGGAGCCAUGGUUGGUUUUGGCCUCGUGUUUGGAGGGGUGAAUGCGGUUUUCUGGAGCUCCUUGGCUAGAGUAUCUUCAUCCUGGGUCAUUUCUCCUUUGAUGGGUGCAGCAGUCUCGUUUCUUGUUUACAAGUGCAUACGAAGGUUUGUGUACAGCGCACCAAAUCCAGGGCAGGCCGCAGCCGCUGCUGCACCAAUUGCAGUCUUUACUGGUGUCACUGCGAUCUCGUUUGCUGCUUUUCCUCUCAGCAAGGUUUUUUCUAUUGCUCUCCUGCAAGCAUUAUCCUGCGGAGCAAUAGGAGCCAUCAUUGUUAGACGGGUGAUCCAAAAACAGCUAGGUGAGCUACUGUCUUCAGAAGCAGAAAAGAUAGCAUCAGCUCAGAAGUCAAACGUUCAGCAGGUUGGAUUUCUUUCGGACAUUGCUGGCCCUACAGGAGCUCAAUUGCAGAUCGUGUAUGGUGUAUUCGGUUACAUGCAAGUCUUGUCAGCAUGCUUCAUGUCAUUUGCUCAUGGAGGCAAUGACGUCUCCAAUGCCAUAGGCCCUCUGGCUGCAGCUUUGUCCAUUCUUCAAGGUGUGGCAAGCAGUGCUGAGAUAGUCAUACCUACUGAAGUUCUUGCUUGGGGUGGUUUUGGAAUAGUUGCAGGGCUUGCAAUGUGGGGCUAUAGGGUGAUAGCAACAAUUGGCAAGAAAAUCACGGAACUCACACCAACUAGGGGCUUUGCAGCAGAGUUUGCAGCGGCUUCAGUGGUCUUGUUUGCAUCAAAGCUUGGGUUGCCAAUAUCUGCAACACAUACGCUUGUUGGAGCAGUGAUGGGUGUCGGAUUUGCAAGAGGGCUCAAUAGAGUCAGAGCAGAGACAGUUCGUGAAAUUGUGGCCUCCUGGUUGGUCACAAUUCCAGUUGGUGCUGUUCUAUCUAUCUUCUAUACAUUGAUCUUGACCAAGAUUCUGGCGUACUUUAUGUGAGUGGAUUGUGAAAUAUAAGAACUGCUUUUAAGUGGUACAGCCUAUUAUCACUUCAGAUAGUUUUGAUCACUGGAAAAAGUUCUUUGCAAAAGUGAAGAGAUGAGCUGAUUCCAAAAGUUCCCAUCAGAACUUUACAAGAUAAGCCAAGAGCAAAUAAUCAUUUUCUUGGCAACUGCACAUGAUUAGGGAAAAGGUUUCCGAGCAAAUAAUCAUGUUACAGACUCCAUUUUUUUCAACUUUUUUAUAUCUAAUGUGCUACCUUGUAUGUCUAUCACAAGGCCAAAUACCAUAACUUCUUGUAGAGCUAUGAUUAUACAUAAUAGAUACCGAUUGGUUAA